AACUCAGCUCUUUGCUCUAGCCUUAGAAGUGCUCUUGGUAUCAGACACAAGCCAGGCAGGACUUCAUCUGUUUCAACCACCUGUGAGGAAUCAGAGGCAAGAUCUGCCAGCUGACCAAAGAAGGUGUCUUACUAAGCGUCAAAAGAAAGUGUAUGUAUUCACUCACUUGAUGGGUUGGAAACUUUCGUGUAUAAAUAACCAGGUACAAAAAUGGUAAGACUCUCCCUUCAAAAUGUCAAAACAGCCAGCUUCAAAUGUCAGAUCUAUUCAGGCUAAUAUCAACAUUCCCAUGGGAGCACUUUUACCUGGGGCAGGUCAACCACCUAAAAGAAAAGAAUUUACUGAACCUGAUGAGUCUCUUCCAGCUACAACGGAAGACGAAAAGAAGAAGACACUCCCAGGUGCCAAGAAGCUACCAGGACCUGCUGUUAACUUGUCAGAGAUCCAAAAUAUAAAGAGUGAGCUGAAAUUUGUCCCCAGAGCUGAACAGUAAUAGAAAUGAAAAGGUCUACCAAGAUGCUAUGGAAAUGGUAAAUAAUAAUGAAGAUAGAUCACUGAAACAAUUUAUAUAUUUAUAAUAAGAUUACAAAUAUUCUAGGUACAAGAUACUCUAUAAAAUAUCUUUGCAUAUUUAUAUCAGCUUUCUUUAUAUCUAUUUUGCUUAAUAAAAGCACAUGGAUGCUAUAAGCACAAAAAUAUGUCUACAUGUCUGAGAAUGAGUUUGAUCAUAUAAGUAGAGACAAGUGUAGUACAAUUUUAAAAUGGAAUUGAAAUAAAUCAUUUUCCAGAAAA